ACUUUCGUGAGAGUGGCAUCGGUGUGGGGCUCGCGUGAGGGCCCUGGCUCAGGUUAUCAGUGGUGUGCAGCCGUAGCGGCCGCAUCUCCUAGUGGUCUCUCCACUCGCUACCACAACUACUCCCUCAGCCUUGUUAUAAACCUCAAGCUUAUAACUGCGACGGCCGCCACACAACGGACAGGCCUACCGCCACCAUGACUUUACUUAAGCUGAGUGUGGUGCUGGCGACGGUGGGGACGCUGGUGUUGGCUGACAAACCUCCUACAGGACCAGAACUACAUCACUUCGUGGGUCAGGGAGGCUACGAUAGUUUCGGCCAGGAUGUGGCUCCAGCGCCGGUCUAUGGCGGCCCUUCACACGAUAUAGGCAUUUCUCACUAUGGCGGAGGGGGCGGAGGAGGAGGCUACCCUCCUCCAGCGUAUCCUGCACAACAGACUUACCACCACACAGGCUAUCAGACUCAAUAUGUAGCCAUUCCCAGGCCUUAUAAAACUGGAGGUGGAAAGGGCAAGAAACUUACUAACCCACUCAAGGAACUCGACAAAAUGAUUAAAGAUGCUGGCAAGAAGUUAUCAAAAUUCAUGAGUGACUACAUUGACUACAAUGUUGAAGAUACCUACGUUGAACCCACAUACAGUUUUGCUGCACCAGUGUCAUCGUAUGGUGCUCCAUCUCAAUCUUACGGCCCACCUGCCCAAUCUUAUGGCCCACCUGCCCAAUCUUAUGGUCAUACUGAGUAUCACACCUCAUACCAAGCCAUACCUGUCCCUGUUGAUGACUAUGAGGAAGAGGAAUCUUUAGGAAAGAAGAUAGCUAAAGGCUGGGCCAAGGCAAAAGAACAAGUCUCAAAGUGGGAGGAGGAGGCCUCAAAGAAAAUUAAAGGCUUGUUCAGCUAUGAUGAGGAACCAGAAUACAUCUAUUAUGAAACUCCUGUUUAUGGCCAUUCAUACAAAGCCCCUGCCCCAGCUUACGUUGCCUCAGCACCUGUUGUCUCAGGCAAGGGCAAAGGAGGUUUUGGAGGUGGAAAGGGAGGUUUUGGGGGAGGCAAGGGAAAAGGUAAGGGCAAAGGUGGUGGUGGUGGUGGUGGUGGUGGUGGUUUCAUUGCUGCCCCAGUACCACAACCCUCCUAUGGUCCACCUCCACCUUCAUAUGGUCCUCCUCCUCAGUCUUAUGGCCCUCCCCCAGCUUCUUAUGGUCCUCCUCCAACAUCUUAUGGUGCACCAGGUGGUGGUGGUUUUGGCCUCGAAGGUGGCUUUGGCCAAGGUGGUGGUUUUGGGCAAGGUGGCGGCUUUGGUCACGAUGGUGGCUUUGGUCACGAUGGUGGCUUUGCAGAGGGGCCCAUCCUUGGUGGUUCAGGCCAUGAAACAUCGUCGUAUGCUUCAUAAUCUGAGCAUCUAACAUCUGUGUGGUCAAGUUCACCUGCCUCGUCUCUGCCGAGCCAGAUCUACCUUAAUGCAUGCCAUAGUUUGUAAGCCUUAAUUUCCCUUAAAUGUGGGUAAUAAAGGGAACCCGCACUCCAUAUUCCAUGGUUGUGAUAUUCCAAAUUGCUCUCUACUUCUUGGCUGUUUUCCUUGCAUCAGUUCUGCCAAGAUGAUACAGUACUUAAACCUUCAGGGUUCUUAUUGGCUUGUAGUUAGGUAGUACCACAUUUUCUUGUACAAAAGAUUAAUGUGUUUUGUAUUCUUAAUACAAAACACUUGAAUUAAGUCAUAUUUCUUCUCUUAUUGUUACUCUCUCUGUAAGCAUUAGUGAUAUAUGUCUUCCCUAGUGUUUGUUUGUAGAAUAGAUUUGUUGACAUUAUAUAUUAUUGUGUGCUAUGGUUUUAUCUUGCUAGUCAAGAUUUAGCAUAAUUUGGGAUAACUGAAACAUUUUAAGACAUUUACUAUACUGUACUAAUUACUUUUAAAUUUUAAUGCAACACAAAAAACUACUUUCAGAUUAAAGAUAUGAAUGUACAUUUAGUAUUUCAUAUUCAGUUGAUAAGAUUUUGGAAAUGUAUUGCUAGUUGAGAACUGUUUUAAUUUCUUAUGACUACAAAACAGGCUAAUGUAGAUAAAAAAUCUCCAGCAAGCAGCUAUAGAUCACUGA